AUGAGUGGUGACAAGCCUAGAACGAACGGGAGCGCGGAUCAAGGUGAUGUCGAGAUGAACGAUUCAACAACGCCGACAAAGAAUGGCAAGGGUAAGGACGGCGACGAGGAAAUGACCGUUGUCGUCCCUCCCUUGAAGAACGGCAAAGCCACAGAUUCAGCGGCCAAGGAUGGAGAGAAGACAGAAGAGGCUACACCUGUCGAUCCGAGAGAGAAAGCCAUUCAGGAAAUCAAAGCAAACUUCGCUUUGCUUGAACGAGCAGUAACGCAGUUCGAUCCUCGAUUCAGUCUGCGCGUCCUUCGAUCUAUACCCUCGGUCCGCUCACAGCUGACUGCGGACGUGCUGGCGACGGUCAUCAUGGAUACCUAUGUCCGGCCUACGCCAACAGCGUUCGCUCUCCUCCAGGCUGUGAAAGACGAUGCUUCCUUUCCAAGAGAACGAGUGGAAGAAUGGAGUAAGAAGAAAGACACGCCACAAUCACAGAAGACAACUUCGAAAGAAGUGCUGCCCGAGAUCGACGUCUACCUGUCGAUUCUGGUACAGGUCCAUCUCUACGAGCGCAAAGCAAUCGAGACCGGUGCACAAUUCUCCGAUGGCUUAGUCAACCACCUCCGAAGUCUCAACCGUCGAACGAUUGAUCCCCUGGCUGCUCGUGUCUACUUCUACUACUCAUUAUUCUACGAAGUGACUGCUCCUGCACCUCCUUCGCCUGUAGCUGCUGUCGUGGGGAUACGAAAAACGCUACUUGAUGCCCUUCGAACAGCAACCCUGCGCAAGGACCAGGACAUUCAGGCUUCUGUAACCACACUACUUCUGCGCAACUACCUCUCGACCUCGCACAUCAAUCAAGCCGACCUGCUGAUAUCGCAUACAGCCUUCCCACCAACGGCUGCCAACAAUCAGAUCGCACGAUAUCUCUACUAUCUUGGUAGAAUCAGAGCCAUCCAGUUGUCCUACACAGAAGCGCAUGAGCACUUGAUCGGAGCGACAAGAAAGUCUCCGACGACCUACAAGGCUAGCGGAUUCUACCAGGCUUCUACUAAGCUCCUCAUCGUCGUUGAAUUGCUCAUGGGUGAUAUUCCUGAUCGAGCAAUUUUCCGCCAGCCAAGUCUAGAGAAGGCGCUCCAGCCAUAUCUCCAGCUCGUCCAAGCUGUCAGCACAGGAGAUGUCAUUGGCUUCCAGAAUCUUGUCCAGAAGUACAACUCGGCGUUCAGAGCGGACAACACCUACACUCUCAUCCUGAGACUUAGACAGAACGUUAUCAAGACCGGCAUCCGCAUGAUGUCUCUGUCAUAUGCUCGAAUCUCUUUGCGAGAUAUGUGUCUCCGUUUGGGACUGGACAGCGAAGAAUCAGCCGAAUACAUUAAGGGUUUCAUGAAAAGCAAGGACAUCGGUGACAUUUACUCCACACGCGAACCAGGCGACGCGUUCCAUGAGCGUAUCCAAGCCUGUCUAGCUCUCCAUGAUGAGAGUGUCAAGGCCAUGCGCUUCCCUAUGAAUCAGCACCGACUAGAGCUCAAGAACGCUCAGGAAGCUCGUGAGCGCGAGCGAGAACUUGCCAAGGAAAUAGUCGACGGGGAAAUGGACGACGACGAUACACCCGGUGGAGACUUUGAAGGGCUCUGA